AAAACAUCCAGAUCUGCUGGAAAAUCCUCUCAAAUUUCAACAAGAAUGUGUUCUGAUCUGCUGAAACCAAACAGCAAAAUCUGGGACACAAUUUCAAGACAACACAGAGCAUCACCAAAAAGACACCUUUAAACAGGGAGGCACGGUAGUGGCAGCAUCAUUCUGGGAUCAUUUAUAUUUAGCUGGAUCUGGGUUUUUGAUAAGAAAGAUGAAGUUCUGAAUAGUUCUGAUUACCAUUCAGCUGCGACCCAAAACCUUCAGGUGUCUAAAGAUGAAGAGGGAUUUUAUUUUUCAGUAUCAAAGUGAGUCGACAGUUUUAGUUCAUGAAUGAGAAACUAAAGAAGAAAAACACUGCUGAUGAAAACGUUCGAGAGAUUUAGUCUUUCAGAUAAAGGCUGGUUAGAUAAAUAAUGUUUAUGCAAUGAGAACGUCCAUCAAGUCCAAACUGGUAAUGCAUAAAGCAUAUUUCAAAAUGUACUCAAAUGAUUGGAAAUGAAAGAAACAACAAUUAAAUUAAAAAGUAAUUAUUUAAGAGAAUUCAAAUCCUUUGGUUAAAUGUAUGGAUGGACUGAGUGGAGAUUAGAGAUGUCAAAUAUAAAGUUGGGUUUAUGUGUUACUGUCAGUGAGAAAGAAGAUAUUAUGUCUGUUGAUGUUUUAUUUUUAUUCAAAUCAAAUGUUCAAAACUUAUAUAAAAAUGAAUAUGUUCAAACAUAUUUACUCCACCAAAGUGACAGAAAUCAGCAAUAAAUGAUCAAAAUAAAUGAAUAAAUAUAUAAUCACCAAUGAAUGUAGGGAGAUUCAGUUUAAUCUAUGAUCCUUUUAAUAAUCUCCUUGGUGCAGGAAGAGCCAGAUUUCUCCUCACGGAUUGAUGUUUCUCCUCCCAGGACCCCCUGCAGGUCAUGCCGGGCAGCCCAGAGAACAUCCCCCUGGGGGAGUGCGUCCACUCCCAGUCCCAGGACCGGCUGACGCCGCCCAGCCACGCAGCCAGCACCGUCUUCUCUCUGUCCCGCAGCGAGUCUCUCUGGACCACGGAGCCGCCGCCCAAAACGUGCGACGUGUUCUGGUUCCCCAUUCACUUCAUGUCCACCGGGGGCAGCUUCCUGGCCUGCGGCAUCAUCAUCAGCGGCCUGUGCUUCUCCGGUCAGUGCCGGCCGGCCGCCGCCCUGCUGGGGCCGGCCCUGCUGUCCAUAGGGCUGAUGGUGCUGGUGGUGGGGGUGGUGCUCAUCCCCAUCACCAAGGAGAACAAGAAGCGCUCCCACAUGCGGAGGCCCCUCGGCUCCUACAAGCCCCCGGUCCUCAACCUGUGACGUCAUCGGGGGUUUUCCAGUGACACUCGAGCAUGAGAUGAAAUCCGGGAAAUAUUUAUGAUGCGGCUCAGCAUGGAGGCAUUUCUGUUCCCCGCCCGGGUCAGCGGACCGGCCCGGUGUAGAGCU